UUUGUAAAUAUAUAUAAAUACACGUGGAAAAAAUGUUACAUUUAUAAACAUUACCAAUAAAUUAGAUAAAUUAAAAAAAAUGGAUGCAUACGAUAUCUUUAAAACGUUAUCUGCUGGAGCAAAAUUUAAUUUAAAACGUUUUCAAAAUGAUGCCGAAAGAUUUUCCCUAAUAAAAAAACCGAUGAAAGAAGAAAAGGUGGAAAUCAAAAUUGAACCUUCAAGUUCCAUUCUAGAGGAAUUAGAAUUUUCAUCUAAAAGAAAACGUGAAGAUGAUUUAGUUGAUGAUGGGGAAAAUGUUUUAACUUUCUACGAAGGUUUAAAAGCAUCGAAAGAUGGAAAAAUUAUCAAACAAAAUAAAAAGCAAAAAAUUUUAACGGAGAAUGAAAUAUUAGAGAAACAAAAGAGGCAAGAGAGGGAAAAGGUAAAUUCAUUUAGAAAACAAAAUCGAAUAUCAAUUAUUGGCCAUGAUGUGCCAAAUCCAAUAGAAAAAUUUCAACAAUUAUCGACUGUUUAUAAAGUCAAUAAUGAUUUACUACAAAAUAUGACAAAUUCCGGUUAUAAAGAACCAACGCCAAUUCAAAUGCAAGCAAUUCCUGUUAUGUUGGAGGGAAAACAAAUUUUAGCUUGUGCUCCAACAGGUUCAGGAAAAACUGCCGCUUUUUUAUUUCCAAUAAUUCAUCAAUUAGGUGGUCCACAGAAAAAAGGAUUUCGUGCCGUUAUUCUCAGUCCCACUAGAGAAUUAGCUAAACAAACUUAUAGAGAGUGUAUAAAAAUUAGUGAAGGUCGCGAUUUUCGAGUUCAUAUUAUUAGUAAAAUUAAUAAAGCACUCUCGCAAUAUGGAGCCAAAAGUUCCAAUAAAUUCGAUAUAUUGAUAACAACGCCAAAAAGAUUAAUGUUUCUAUUGAAUCAAGAUCCACCAGCAAUAUCAUUAAACAAUGUCGAAUGGUUGAUUGUCGAUGAAGCGGAUAAAAUGUUUGAAGAUGGAACAAGAAGUUUUCGUGAUCAAUUGAAUGCUAUUUCAAAAGCUUGCUCGAAUCCUAAACUUCGUCAGGCAAUGUUUAGCGCAACACAAACGCCGGCAGUUACAAAAUGGUGUAGAAAAAAUCUCAAAAGUUGGAUUUCGGUGAUGAUUGGUUUAAGAAAUGCCGCAACUGAUCUUAUCGAACAAGAAUUAUUGUACGUCGGAAGUGAAGAUGGAAAAUUAAUGGCACUGCGAAAUAUAAUUCAAAAGGGAAUAACACCGCCAGUUUUGGUUUUUGUCCAAAGCAAAGAAAGGGCCCAAGAGUUAUUCAAUGAACUUAUUUAUGAUGGAAUUAACGUUGAUGUUAUUCAUGCAGACAGAACUCAAACACAGAGGGAUAAUGUAGUCAGAUGUUUCAGAGAAGGAAAAAUUUGGUUUCUCGUGUGCACGGAAUUAAUGAGUCGUGGAAUUGAUUUCAAGGGCGUGAGUCUCGUUAUUAAUUUUGACUUUCCACCAUCCGGCAUUUCAUACAUUCAUCGAAUAGGAAGAACUGGUCGAGCUGGACAUAAAGGAAAAGCGAUAACAUUCUUCACACAAAAUGAUAGCGUAAAUUUAAGAAGUAUCGCUGAAGUUAUGCGAGAUUCAGGAUGCGAAGUUCCUGAAUACAUGUUGGAAGUGAAGAAAUAUAAUAGAAAAACUGUUAAGAAAUUAGAGCACGUUGCUCCGAAGCGAAAAACAAUAUCAACAAAACUCAAACAGAGGAGACGAUUUAAAGAACGUAAUGCAGAAAAUAAAGACAAAUCAUCGUCCGAAGGAAAACGAAAAGUUAAAAAAUUCGACGAAAAAAUGACGAACAAAUCAUCUAAUAAAACUACAGCUCAAGAAAAUAGUGUCAAAAAAGGAAAAAAUGAAAUUUCUAAAAAUCAAAAGAAAAAUAAAUCAUUAGAUCAAAAAAUAAGUAAAAAAUCUACUGAACAAAAAAAGAGGAAAAAUUCAUUAAACAAUAAUGAAUCAUCAACAAAUGAAAAUGUCAAUGAAACAAACAGUAGAAAAAAGAAAAAAAUUAAAAUUUCAAAAAAUCAGUCAAAUACACUUUUUUCAAAAAAAGUGAAAACGAAGAAUAGUUUCAAAAAAUAAGUCACAAGUUUUUUUGUUUUUUUGUUUAUAAAAAUUGAAUUUUAUAAUCUUGUACAUGUUUCACAAAAAACAUAAUAACAAUGUCGUCGAGUGAUUUUUAUAAAAAAAAAAAUUAUAUUUUUUAUUCACUAGUAAAAUCUCUUAACGCAAUUAA